GGCACAAACGUGCCCCGUUAGAACAUACUCCUUACAUAAUUGAACCGCUCUACUAUCUCUGACCUUACGUUACUCUUCCCUUGUCCCGCUUCCGCCUAGAAACCCUAGUCUUACCGUACGAUGGCCGCCAGAUUUGGCCUUGCCGGCGGCAUUCCGGAGCGCAGGGUCCGCCCGAUUUGGGACGCCAUCGACUCCCGUCAGUUCAAGGCUUCGCUGAAGCUCGCCAACGGGCUCCUUGCCAAGUACCCCACUUCUCCCUACGCCCUAGCACUUAAAGCGCUUAUUUUGGAGAGGAUGGGAAAGCCUGAGGAAGCCCUAGGCAUUUGCUUAGAAGCAAAGGAGCUAUUACAUUCAAAUAAUUCUGUUCAUGUUGAUGACUUGACUCUCAGCACUUUGCAAAUUGUUUUCCAGAGGCUUGAUCAUUUGGAACUUGCUACCUUAUGCUAUGAGCAUGCUUGCGCCAAAUAUCCUAACAAUCUUGAGAUAAUGAUUGGCCUUUUCAACUGCUAUGUUCGUGAAUGCUCUUAUGUGAAACAACAACAGUUGGCAAUGAAGAUGUAUAAACUUGUUGGCGAAGAGAGGUUUUUGCUCUGGGCAGUUUGUAGUAUUCAGUUACAGGUGGAUUGUGGGUCGUCCACCUUUACAUAUAUGGCGUAUCUCUUGAUUGGUGGAUUGCCGGUAGUUUACCUAUUUAAGAAAUUAUGUUAAUUUUUGUGUAAAGACUACAAUUUGUGUAACAUUGGAAAAUGGAAAAGGGAAACAAGGUGAAUUGAUGAAAUUGAUUAAAAGAGAAUGAAAGAAGAAUAAUGAGAAAAGUGUAUCGAUGCAAUAAUGCCAAAGAAAAUGAAAACAAAAAACUAUAAACUUUGUUGUUCCCUUGUUUGAUUUUGGAUUUCAUGUAUUUAAUUUCUUACUCCGCUUUACACUAUGUGUUCACUCUUCUUUUUUUUUCCCUUUACCUCCAGAUUUACAAAUUGAGGUGAUCCUCAAGGUUUGAAUAAUUUUAUGGGAUAAUGUGGCUUAGAGAUACUCAACGAUAGUAUUAGAGAUGGGGUUUCUAUUAGGGCCCAUUUGUUUUAUUUUAUUUUUCUACUACAAGGUUGUUAUUUUUAUGCAUUUUGGUACUUUGGUGUAUUCUUUUCAUUUGUUAGCAUGAGUCCAUUUUGUCCAUCACGACGAGCCCAGUAGAGUAAUUAUUGUGAGUCGGACAUUAUGUUAAUAUUUUUCGAUAAUGUUAAAUAGAUUGUUAAGUAUUCAUAUUUGUUAUCGCUUGGUGCAUCCUUAAGGGUAUUGCUUGUAGAUAUUGUUGCGACCUGAAGACUUCCAUCUUUAUAUAAGGGAUAGUCUCCUUGAUCACGACAAUAUUUAUUACUGCACCAUAACCACAAGUAAUACCUCUAAAAGUGCAAAAGGCUAUAAUAAACAAAAAUACUUAAUAUUUUUUAACAUUAUAAAAAAAUGUUAACACAAUACCUGACUCAAAAUAAUGACUCUGUUAGACUCAUGACGACUGAUAAAAUGGACUCAUGCUGAUAAAUGGAAACUACCAAAAUACAUAAAAGUAAGAAUUCCUGUAAUAACAAAUAAAACAAAACAAAUGAAUCCUAAUAGAAAUUGUCUCCAAUACUAUUGCUAAGCAUCUCUAAGUUUAUCCUAUAAAAUUGCCCAAACUUUGAAGUUCAGCUCAGGUCUGCGAAUCUGUAGGUCAAAGGAAAAGAGGGAGUGAGCAUAUAGUGCAAAGUGUAGUAAGAAGAAAAGUGCACGAACCAAAAUCAUAA